AUGAGGCUUUUGACGAAAGCGCAAGCGGCGCGGUCUAGGUUACUUAAAGUCGUUGCUGGAACCUACAGGCUCUCCGAAUUUGACGCGAACACAGUCUACUUGCUCUUCAAAGUCUCGAAGCCAGCUUAUCGGACAGGAGAGGACACCUUAUGGAGAUGGACUCGUGACUGAGUGUCUGGUGGAUCAUCUACGUAUCAGUAUCUAUCAUCAAGGAGUUCACUCUGAGUCCACCUCAUCGUGCUGACAGGGAAAAUAAUGCUUUAUAGCUAAGAUUGUUCAGUUCUUUGUUCAUUGAAAUGUACGUCCCAUAUAGUAUUCCCCACCACGAGUCUUCUAACUUCCGUAACCGAUCACGACGCGCCAGCGAACGUCUUCGUUGGAAAUGGCACAGCGUGGGUUCUCCAGUUUUCGUCCUCACGUUCCAGGUUUCAGGUGAUUGACAUCUUCUCGAUGGGGGACGAGUGGACUGUGGGACCCGAACGUGAUCCCACUAAUGGCCAAGGCAGCGUCAAUUACCUGGGCUUUACUUAUCAUUACGUUCAGGGGAAGUUCAUCAAAAUAAUAUCAAGAUUCAACGCUUUGCUUUUUCUAAUCUCCGCAAAUGUUCUUGGUGUAGUUGUUCUUGGUGUAGUUGUGAAACGAUGAAUUUUCUGACGAAGUCUUAUAAACUAUUACAAAUUCUCUACAAACUUUUUCCCCUAGAGUCAGUUGUUUCUUUUUUCCCUCGCUCGGGUUGGGACUUUUUACAAAUCUUGGAAAUUACAAACUCUAAUCUCCGCAAAUGUUCCGAUUAGUGACGCAGGGAAACGAUGAAUUUGCUGACGAAGGGCAAGUUUUGCAGCAUGUUGUGCAAGGUAUGAUGCAAGAGCCUCCGAAGUAA